AUGUUCCGUAUGCUUCAAUUGGAGAUAGUUUGUUUGGAUGUAAAAGACCUCGUAGUGAAAACAGUUGGCGGUGAACAGAGGCCGGAGAAGGUAGGUUAAAAGCUUCAAAACACGAUUGUUUUACUUAUAUAUAUUGACAUUUAUUCUCAUUCUAAAAACUGAAAAGACAUUCUCACUUAAACCAAUUCACUACUUUAUUCUCUAGAAUCAGCUAGGGUACACAUAAGCAUUUAAUAUACCACAACAAUACGCCACGAGAAAUGCAGCAGUGUCCCUGAUUUGAAAACCAAAUCUAACUUUGUUAUCAGAACCAUGGAUAUCCAUGUCGGAACAUGCGCAUGCACUGCAUGACAUCCCUGUUCGUCAUGUCUUAAUAUUAGCAUCUCCUACAGCUAUUUUUUUUAUAGAGGAAUUAAAAAAUUCCUUCUUUUGAAAAAUAUUUCCUGUAACCCUGAAUAGUUAUCCUGAGUUAUCUCACCCGGUAAAAUUCACCUUGACAACGCAUGGAAGGUUGCUACUUGUUUCAGCUCAUCACACCAUUAUUUGUAAAGAUUACGAUAUUGUCAGAAGAUAUUAUUAUUCAUCAUUCUUAUGAUUUGAUGGUAUCAUUUUGCAUGGUUCAAAUGAUAAUGAAGCAUAGCUAACCCUUCAUUCAAUCUAAACAAUAAGAAUGCACCACAACUUGCAAAAAAAAAAGAGAUAAACUUAUUUGUUAUUGUUAUUGUUUCAGUGCAAAAAUCCUAGUCUUGCUGCUGAUCUUUGUGAACAAGAGAAAAAGAAGGACGAAGAUCGUGUGGAAACAAGUCAAAAGGUAGGGCGAGAAACUCACAUUCUGUUAUAAGUAAUGGAAAAUUAUUGUUUUCACAUCGCAACAAGACGGCAGGAAGAAGAGGACGGCAAAACGCUUGGGUGUGACAAGUGACAGGGCUGUUACUUAUUAAUUUUUUUCCAGUCUUUUACAAAAAAAGAUCUAUUUAAAAGAAGGUGAAGUUUGGCGGAAGGUUUUUUCAAACAAAAUUAUUGUCAUGCUUGUCACACAUUAAGGUUUGCUGUCUUCUUCCCUCUUCCGUCCUGUUGCGUACGUCAGUUCACUCAGAGUACGCCUUCGGUAAGGUGAAAAUACAAUUCUUCUACGGUUUAAAUGAUCCUUUUUGCGUUUUUUUUUGUAGUAAACUCAAUAAUAAAUUAUAAAUGAUGAUGACCCGAACACUGAAGUUCAAAAGCUGUCUUCGCAAUUGUGUUUUUGGCUGCCGUCAACAUAAUUACGAUCACAAGCAAAGAAGCUACGAAGAGACACACAAAGCGGAUCGAAAUCCACCAAUCACAAACUUCUGUUUUCUAAGAGAUCCGCUAAGAUGAUUAACGGCCGUGAAGAACGCAAGCAUCAGUUGGCUUUUGAACUUCAGAAUUCACGUGUUUUUGAAAAGCGCAGUAAGGGGGAGUUUAGAAAAACCCAGGGUUGGUGAAAUUGGAAUUUUACUUAAAGACUAUCGGUUCUUUUUUAAUAGUGAAGUAAACUGCAAUUGGUUUACCUCAUUGGUUAAUAAUAAAAAGCACAUUUCCUUUUUUUUUUUACAAUUAGAACAACCUUUUGGUACUGAGUUAUUGGGUUUUUCUUUUGUAGAAACAAAAAUUACAAGGAUCAAAGAAGAGGGCGUGUUUCUCGUUUCAAGAUCAAGGUGGAUUGAGUGAGAUCAAAGCAAAGCUUUUUCAAUACCGGGAGAGAUUAUCGGGUUUGCGAGCGGGUCAAACGAAGGUGUUAAAAAGGAGGAUUUCAUGCUCAUAGUAAUUAAAAAUGAACCUCUUUCAUCUCUACUCCAAAUCAUCGCUUUACAUAACAUUACAGAGAGUCGUCCCAUGAAAGAGAAUCCGGAUUACGGAAUCCGGAAUCCAGCAAUAUUUGCUGUUGAAUCCGGAAUCCUUGGUUUUGGAAAUCCCGAACACAUUCUAAGGAAUCCUGAAUCCUGCUGCCAGUAAUCCAGAAACCAAGUUCUACUGGCACAGAAUCCGGCAAUCCAGAAUCCACACCGCAGAAUCCAGAAUCCAAGGCUAGGACUCCCUUUCAUGGAUUCCCUCACAGUCGAAUUUCCAGUAAGCGACCGCCCAAGGUGCGAAGAUUUGGUGGUUGCCUGCGAGUAUCGAACUAUACGAGUCUCUUUCGAGAAGAGGUCCCAAGACAUUUGCUUUUAAGCCAAGAUUGUUUACUUCCAGUUUAUAUAUUUGAGGUUCCACGUUGUCACUUAUAAAAGUUGUGUAUACUCUUGGAAGCCGUAGUACUGAUUGUGAACAUAGCGUUUACACCACUGGGUCAGUUGGUAGCCUACAACAGGUUAGAAAUUACAAAACCGUCUCGCCCAAAAGUGGAAGCGGUUGGUUACUAGAGGUGGUAGUUUUCUGCUUAGAAUAAAGCGGAGAUCGUCUAAAAGCUGUACAGAGCUUGCUUGAUCUCCUGCCUUGUAGUAGUGUAAUAGUUUAUGUGUGUACAAAUGAAUGUAUGGUAAGUAAUUACAGGGUUUUGAUUGGGAAAAGUUUUGAUGUUUUUGGAUAGAUGGUCGCUUAUGGAAGGUGAUCGCUUAUGAGAGGUGAUCGCACAUGGGCGCGUUCAAAUGUAUUUUACAUUUAUCCUUAAAAAUGUUUAUAAUUUGUCCUUCAAAGGUUUUGUUCUUCUUUAUAGUACGUUGAAGCGAAGAAAGAAUCGAGUCAAAAGCAGGCCGAGUGUGCUUUAUCGCCAGAUAAACUAAAGACGAUGCUGAAUAAGAUGAGACCAUCUGAACGUUUGGAUGCACCUUUACUUGAAGAUGAACUAAUUCCUGCUUUACCGAGUGAAUUCAAGUCUGAACAUGAGGAGGAGAUCAUUGAUCAAAGGCUAGUUUAUUGA